AGACAAACCGAUGUGUUAAGACUCGUCCAACUCAUCGUCACUGAGCAGCUCAUGCACAUGCGUGACACCAUGGGCAGCUCCCCAGAGGUGCUUUCGUGGACUUCCUGCCCCAGUCUUCUGGUGGGGAAGCUAAAGGAGGAGCUGAAACUCACUGUGGUUGGUGACGCCAUGAAGAAGUCCAACUCGCCCAACUCUCAACCCCAACUUCCUCUGGCCCCACUCUCUAAUUUACCUCCUCAGAUUAUCACCGAUCUCGCUCCGCCGACAAACCUUCCGGUUCCCCUGCACACGCCUGUCCAGGAUGAGGACUCCAUGUUGGGGGGUGUCAGUCCAGCAAACACAGUCCUGAGUGUGGAUUCGACACGGAGCGAAGGCGGACACUUUGACAACAGCGUGCUCCAGCUGCAGGAGCAGGAUCAUGAGGAAGCGGGGUCACCGGCGUCCUGUGAGCACGGUGGGUGUGGCAGUGGCAUGGAUGAGCAGACGGGAGACGGGGACUGUCCUGUGGACCAAAGUGGGGAAGGGAGGCCAGGCCACCCACAUCACCCUGAUGACAUCAAGCUGCACUUCCAAAGAGCAGGGCCCGGGUCCGGCGGCUUCUUAGAGGGGCUGUUCGGUUGUCUUCGGCCCGUGUGGAACAUUAUUGGGAAAACGUAUUCCACAGAAUACAAGCUGCAACAGCAAGACAUGUGGGAGGUCCCAUUUGAGGAGAUUUCGGAGCUACAGUGGCUGGGUAGCGGUGCACAGGGAGCCGUCUUCUUGGGCAAGUUUCGCUCUGAGGAGGUGGCCAUCAAGAAGGUGCGAGAGCAGAAAGAGACGGACAUUAAACACCUGCGGAAGCUCAAGCAUCCCAACAUCAUCAGCUUUAAGGGUGUGUGCACACAGGCUCCUUGUUACUGCAUCAUCAUGGAGUAUUGUGCACAAGGUCAGCUGUAUGAAGUGCUGAGGGCAGGGAGGAAAGUGACCCCCAGGCUGCUGGUAGACUGGGCCUCGGGCAUCGCCAGCGGGAUGAACUACCUACACCUCCACAAGAUCAUCCACAGAGAUCUCAAGUCUCCCAAUGUUUUGGUCACCCACAACGACACCGUGAAAAUUUCUGACUUUGGAACGUCCAAAGAGCUCAGUGACAAAAGUACAAAGAUGUCAUUUGCGGGUACGGUGGCAUGGAUGGCUCCAGAAGUCAUCAGAAACGAACCUGUGUCCGAAAAAGUAGACAUCUGGUCAUUUGGCGUUGUGCUAUGGGAGCUGCUCACAGGAGAGAUUCCCUACAAAGAUGUGGACUCCUCCGCCAUCAUUUGGGGCGUCGGCAGCAACAGUUUGCACCUUCCUGUCCCUUCCACCUGCCCAGAUGGGUUUAAGAUCCUCAUGAAACAGACAUGGCAAGGCAAGCCCAGAAACAGGCCUUCAUUCCGUCAGAUUCUGCUACAUCUCGACAUUGCUGCUGCUGAUAUUCUAGGAACUCCUCAGGAGACUUACUUCAAAUCUCAGGCAGAAUGGAGGGAGGAAGUGAAGAAACAUUUUGAGAAGAUCAAAAGUGAAGGCACAUGCAUCCACAGGUUGGAUGAGGAGCUGAUCCGUCGCCGGAGGGAUGAGCUCAGGCACGCACUGGACAUCAGGGAGCACUACGAGCGCAAGCUGGAGAGAGCCAACAACCUGUACAUGGAGCUCAGUGCCAUCAUGCUGCAGCUGGAAGUCCGAGAGAAGGAACUAAUGAAGAGAGAGCAGGCGGUGGAGAAGAAAUACCCUGGGUCCUACAAACGUCACCUGGUCCGACCCAUUGUCAGGUCCAAUGCAGUCGAGAAGCUCAUCAAGAAAAAAGGAAGCAUUUCCCACAAACCUGGAAUGCCCCCCACCAAAAGGCCAGACUUGCUCCGCUCUGAUGGCAUCCCCAGCAUUGACCCCCUCCCCUCCCCCUCCCCACUCUCAGCCAGCCCUAAAGUCUCCACGCCCCCUGGAAAGACCCGUUACAGAAGCAAGCCUCGCCACCGCCGCGCCAACAGCAAAGGAAGCCACAACGAGUUUCCCGGUGCGUUGAAGCCGAUUGCAGGGGCCCCAGAGGACACCCAGUCCCUACAAGAGCAACCGUUCCUCCAUCACCACCACCAUCACCACCUCCCACCCGCUGAGGGGCAGUUUCUCCCCUUAAAAGGCCGCGAGGAAGCUGUGGUCAACUGUGCCAACAAUCUGCGGUACUUCGGCCCUGCCGCUGCUCUCCGCAGCCCCCAGACCGACCACAUGCAGCGCCUUGUCUCCGGCUCCAGCCCUGACCUCAUUUCCACUGCGGUGGACACGCGGCAGCGGACUUCAUCCACCGGCUCCAAUCUUGUCCCAGGUGCUGGUUCUUUAUGUCCCUGCUGCCAGGCUCACCCCCUCCCCGGCUGCCUGCACUGUCAGGAGACACCCCCCACUCUCGGACAACCAGUGUUACCGCAGUUCUCGCUGCUCGGCCCCCAAGAAAGGACCCAGUCUUCCUCAGGCACGAACAACAAAGAUGCAGAAGGAGACGACACAAACAAGGCCAACCCUCAGGAGCUGGACCCAACUCAACCUAAGCACCCCCUCCCCUCUUCACUGCCCCGCACCCUCAGACCUCUCAGGAAGGGUGAUGAGUCAUCUGAAGAGGAGGAGGGGGAGGUGGAUAGUGAAGUAGAGUUUCCAAGGAGACCGAGACCUCACCGCUGUAUGAGCAGCUUCCAGUCCUACUCCACCUUCAGCUCUGAGAACCUGUCGGUCUCUGAUGGGGAGGAGGGAAACACCAGUGACCACUCCCACAGCGGACCCCUGGAGAAGCUGAGCGCCAGCCAGGAGGAGCACCUGGACGAGCUGCUGUCGCACACACCGGACAUCCCGAUCGACAUCUCCACCCAGUCCGACGGACUCUCCGACAAGGAGUGCGCCGUCCGCCGGGUGAAGACUCAGAUCUCGCUGGGGAAGCUGUGCUCCGACGAACACAGCUAUGAGAACCCGCUGCAGUUCGGGGGCUCAGACUGUGAUUCGUCAGAUGCCGAGUGCUCCGAUACCACCAUUAGAAACAAAGUUGGAGCUCCGUCCUCGUGGUGAAGCUCACAGCCGGGCGUGGACUUGGUUUUGGGCUUCAUAGAAAAACAGCAAUAAAAGGACAAGAUGGUAAACUGCCCCU